GCCUUCGACAACAUUAUCGACCCUGUCUUCCAGAACCUGGACAGUGAACUGGGAUUUGUAAAAGCUUUCAGCUUGGUACUCAGGGUUCUGUGGCUGGUAGAGCAGCCGUCCCAGAGCAUCCUAUGCCAGCACCCAGCUAUCAAGAUUAUCCUCUCCCAGAUCAUGAAGCCUCGAAUGGUCAAAUG